AAAUGGCGCCUGGGUGGACGUAGACCGCUCUAAGUGGGGUGGGGGUUCCCCGAGAUUGGCAGCAUCGAAUUCGCACUCCACAUGCUUCUUUCUUCUCACCGGCCACUCUGUUGUUUCUCCCGGUCUGAGGACUUUAAACUGAAGUUUUUUUUCUGUCCUACCGCUCCACGGACGCGCUUAGUACACAGUUUCCGACCUAGCAUGACUGUCAUCUGAUUAAUUGCCACAAGAAUUUGACUCCUCUGUCUGGUGCCAUUGUGCUGGGGCCUGGUCACCGCCCAUAACUGCCGCUGCCAUGGCCACUGCCUCUACUUCUACUCCUGUGAUUUCACAGCCCCAGCUCACAGCCAUGAAUGAACCACUGUGCUUCUACAAUGAAUCCAUUGCCUUCUUUUAUAAUCGGAGUGGAAAGUAUCUUGCCACCGAGUGGAACACUGUUAGCAAGCUAGUGAUGGGACUUGGAAUCACCGUUUGCAUCUUCAUCAUGUUGGCCAACCUUCUGGUCAUGGUGGCCAUCUACGUCAACCGCCGCUUCCAUUUUCCUAUUUAUUACUUAAUGGCUAAUCUGGCUGCUGCAGACUUCUUUGCUGGGUUGGCCUACUUUUAUCUCAUGUUCAACACAGGACCCAAUACUCGGAGACUGACUGUCAGCACAUGGCUCCUCCGUCAGGGCCUUAUUGACACCAGCCUGACGGCAUCUGUGGCCAACCUGUUAGCUAUUGCAAUUGAGAGGCACAUCACAGUCUUCCGCAUGCAGCUCCAUACACGCAUGAGCAACCGACGGGUAGUGGUGGUGAUCGUGGUCAUUUGGACGAUGGCCAUUGUUAUGGGUGCUAUCCCAAGUGUCGGCUGGAACUGUAUUUGUGAUAUUGAGCAUUGUUCCAACAUGGCACCACUCUACAGUGACUCUUACCUGGUUUUCUGGGCUGUUUUCAACUUAGUGACCUUUGUGGUCAUGGUGGUUCUCUAUGCACAUAUCUUUGGCUAUGUUCGCCAGAGGACAAUGAGAAUGUCUCGGCAUAGUUCUGGGCCCCGGCGGAAUCGGGAUACCAUGAUGAGUCUUCUAAAGACUGUGUUCAUUGUACUUGGCGCCUUUAUCAUCUGUUGGACUCCUGGAUUGGUUUUGUUACUUCUUGAUGUUUGCUGCCCACAAUGUAAUGUUCUGGCCUAUGAGAAAUUCUUCCUUCUGCUUGCUGAAUUCAACUCUGCCAUGAACCCCAUCAUCUACUCCUACCGGGACAAGGAGAUGAGCGCUACCUUCAGACAGAUCCUCUGUUGCCAGCGCAGUGAAAAUGCCAGUGGCCCCACAGAAGGCUCAGACCGCUCAGCUUCCUCCCUCAACCACACCAUCUUGGCUGGAGUUCACAGCAAUGACCACUCUGUGGUUUAGAAGGAAGCUAAGAGACAUCAUGAGAUCAGACAUCAUGGAUUGGCAUAUGGAUAGUCUACCCCAACCUGAAUGCCAGGGCUAGGUGGGGUAUGAGAGAGAGAAAAGAUAAACUCAUGUCCUUAAAACACUAACCAAUGGCAGUAUUUGUUCCUAGACUUGAUAUAUAUUGAACAUUAGCUUAUGUGAGAACCCUCGUCCUGAUUCUCUUGGAAGUAGCAAGUGGAGUUUUGCAAUGGAAUGCAUAUAUAGACUUGGAAGUGUGUAUUUAGACAACACUAACUAGACUUCAAAAGUUUUGUGGUUUUGUACUGUCAGAAUAAAUUCUGACCAAUUGAAUCUCUAACUUCAUUUACAGACAAGCUUUCUUUGUUUUUAUUGGAUACAUUUCAUUUAAUAAACAUUUUUAUACCUAUCAGCAUGCUUGUGAUGGAUAAGGAUAUAGACAUUUUUCCUGAAAAUUCAUAACUCCAUUUCUUCUGAGAUAGGAAAACUGUAAAUUAAAAGACAUUUUAAGAAGCAUGCAUGUAUUGGAUGAAUGCAAAUGCCUUAAAAAGAUAAUAGGAUAUUAAUUUUAAAUCUAGGAAAUAGAAGGACCUAGAUGUUAAAGCCAAUAUGUGUUUACGGUAUGAAUCAGACACUGCUCUAAUUAUAUUGUUACCACUUUUUUUUGGUUGAAGUGUUGUGGCAAGUAUAAAACAGGAAAUGAAUGUAAAAUAUUACCAAAAGAAUAUAUACUCUAAAAAUUCAUAGAAGGUAACAGAUAGUCAUAUUGUUCCUACAUACUUAUCAUAUUCAAAAAUUUUCUAUUUACAUUAGAGACUUUUUAAUAGCCUGUGUUUUCCUGUAUUAUAAAAUAAUACAUAUUCAUUAUAAAAAAUUGAAAAUUCAGAAAUGUGUGAAACAGAAAAAUAAUUACAGGUGACACAUUCCAGUAACCAUCACUAAUAGCUUCCCCCUGUUUAUCCAUAUAUGUAUAUUCUAUGCUGUUUUUAUAUAAUUGGGCUCAUGCUACAAUUUUAUAGACACCUUUUUUUCCACCACAGGACACCACAUUUUAUUAUGGCAUUGAAAAAUUCGCAAAACAUCAUUGUAAUGACUAUAUAAUAUUCUACUUAAUGGACCCAUCUGUGUCAACUUCUUAAGGCUGUUUUUAAUUUUUAGUAUUUGUUUUCUUUUUCCCUAAGUUUUACUUUUAGGAGUAAUGUAACAAUUUUGUUUACAGAAAACUUUGUCCAUAGAAUUAAUUAUUUACCUAGGACAUUUUCCAUGAAGGAUUCUUUUUUAAUGUGAAUUUUUUUAUGCUCUGACCUUUUGUGAAAGGAUUUACUGCCUCUGCAUUACCUGAGUACCAGUUGUGAGAAAAGCCAGUGACAUUACUUUUGUCUUUUUCUCACAGAAGAAAUGUUGUGGUAACUUUGGUCAAGAAUAACUUUGUAAUAUAAUAAGGUGGACUAGAAACAGUCAUCGAUCACAAAUAGAAGAUCCCAAUUAAUAUCUAGCUGUUUUAAGUUUGGUUGAUGGACCAGUUACUCAGCUCUUGCUAGUAAAGUAAAAUUGAAGAAAUUGUAAAGAAAUCAGAGGUGCCAAAUGAAUAAAAGAUCAUCAGAUCAAAUAGUUUGGGUCCUUUCUAUAGAAAAUAGGACAGAGUGUGUCUAUAUGUGACUAGAAACUGUCGGUACGUGACUAGGAAAAUCCCUAAUAGACUGCUGCCAUUUUAGAAGAUUGCAAUUGGAUGCAUUGUCCAGGAAAAUUAGCAGUUGUAGCUGUUUAUUGUUUAUAUGUAACCAAUGAAGUCAUAGACUUGAGGGACGUGAGAAAGUCGGAGCAUGUUUAAGAGAACGAUGUCCAGAAGAAUAACUAUCUUGGAAAAAAUAAUCAUUGCAUGGUCAGUAUUUGAAUAGAGGGUAUAUUUGUAAAGUGCUCAUAGUGGUAAGAAUGUGGGGAACCAGUUAGCCAAAAAGAUGUCUACACGUACUUUUUUACAUAAUACAGAGCAUUGAAUAUUGAGAGUGAAGAAAUGAAUUUUCCCCACCCCAUGUGAUAAUAUUCUGAAGGAGAUAUGGACUAUUUGAAAUUAAAAAUAUACUAAUUGGGUCAUAAUAAAUCUUUCUCAAUCAGUG